AUGGAGAUUCUGCCGUCAAUGAUAAAGAACAAAGAGAAGAGGGCGGCGGUCCAUGCCAAGCUCAAGCAGCAGAAGAAGCUCGAGAAGCGCAAGAAGGCCAAGGCCCGUGACGCUGCUGAGAAGCGCGCUCUCGAGCUCGGCGCGGAGCCCCCGGCAAAGAAGAUCCCGAAGACGAUUGAGAACACCAGGGAAGUCAUUCUACCAAAUUGGUUUACGGUUUUUGGUCUUUAUCUUUGGCACUGACAGAGAAAUCUGAAACUAACAAGUGGGCGUACCUAUAGCAAACAAGCAAGCAGUCAGUCAUUCUACCAAAUUCAGGCUUAACAUAAGCAGAUAUAACUUUGUAAGUUUACGCAACGGUGAUAAACAAAGUACUAGGAAAGAAGUAGCUGAAAUGCAAAACUGUUACCGCACA